AUGCAUCGCGACCGCGGACGUCGGCAAUGUUGGCUCCUUGCAAUGUUAUUGCUGCUGGGCUUGGUUGCGCAGCCAGCAUGGCUGCCGCCGCCCCGUCGGCGCGAGGGGCUCUUGCAGACGGUGGCAGUCCUGUGGGUGCCACAGGUCGCCUUGGCAAAAGAGGCAGCAAGCGCCAAAGAUGCGAGUGAGGAGCUGCCGCAGCUGAUCCGCUUUGCGGACAAUCCCGCACUGAGCGGGUGGCAGAUACGCCUCCCAAGCGACUGGAUCACGGUGCGGAAGGAGGCCCCUACCAUUGGGUCCAAGGCCGAGUCUUUGCUGUUUUCGGGCGGACCGUUGGCGAAGUCCGAAAUCAAGAUCCUGCGGGUGCCGCUGAAGAGCAAGUCCGACACCAUGGGCUUCUUCCUGGACAAGUCGCCUGCGAUGAGCAAGGCGAAGUCUAGGAGCAAGCAGCCACGGCUCUUAGCCGAUCCUACGAAAAGAAGCCGUCGACCUUCCGAUUCAAGCUGCUGGGAAAGACGGCCGCUGACGAACGGAAUGGCAAUCGCUACCUGA